AUGAAGAUGAACGUGCUCAUCUCUGCCAGCGUAUUGCUGAUUGGAUUUAUCUCGAUCGCCAACUCUUAUGAUUUCGAUAGAAAGCAACUGAGUAUGAUUGAGAAUAUGAACGAAGUCCGGAAGAAAGCUGCGGACAAAUUUGGAAUAGCGGACAUGCAAAAAUUGGUCUGGAACAAGGAACUACAAGAUCAUGUUGAUCGACUGGACUACAAGCAACUUCCAAAACCCGAGCAACUGAUGGGAAGGUACAGGCUGGUUGAAAAUUAUGAAACCGGAGGAACACGUUUGUUUCAAUCUUUAAAUGAGCUGAAGGAUACAUCUCUUUCAAAGUUUGACAACCAGAAGGACCCAAACAAGUAUCGCCACAAGAUUGAACAUCUCAAUCCACUCCAGAAUAUGGUUGCAUGUGUCGAGAGGGCAGACGGGACGUGGAUGCCGGGUUUCAAAGUGAUUUGUCUACUGGGACCAGAAACGAAACUGUCUAAACUUUCGAAGCACGCACCAAAUCAACCAAGAUGUACAAAUGAGUUGAAAGAGGAUGAAGGAGGAUUGUGCACAAAGUCCAAUAUGUCUGAAUCCGAUCAAUUGAUGUAUAUUAGUGUGUUGAAUAAAAGAAGACGGGAGAUUGCUGUCAAAAAUGGUUCAGUGGCAAGUGAAUUGGUGUGGAGCAAAGAACUGCAAACAGCUGCACUGAAUUUCCUUCAAGAUCCUGAGCAUUUAUUGCCUCAAAACCGAAACUGGCGAAUCACAUCAUUUGAUAGUUAUGAAAAUGGACUGAGUUAUCUUCCGGAGGGAAGUGAAACAAUCGCUGCUAAAAUGGCGGAUACCAUGGAAGAAGUGGAAUUCGAAAUUCAAAAAGAGCAAUUUUUCUUGAAGCAAACUGAAAUUGCAUGUGUAUCUAAGGACAGAUGGAUCUACCAGUAUUUGUGUUUGUUGGGUCCGAAAGCUGAGACGAUCGAGUUCUGUACGAUGACAACUACUCCUGCUCAUGGAUCUACAAUAGCGAUGCGUACACGCUUUACCACUGAGAAAGUGACUCCGGAGCCAGCGCCAACUCAUCCGAAAGAGUUGCAAGAUUAUGAGGAAAUAGAUGGGGAUGAAUACGAUGAAGACUUUCCGACCGGGACUCCUUCUUAUAAAAAAUCUCCGGGAACCCGCUUUGUGAUUUCAUUCCUUGUCUUUGCUUACUUGAUUUUUGCGACAUACCUUCAAUAA